AUGCGAAAACCACAACUAACCUGGUCGGAUAACAGACUGUCACGUCUGUGUGGAAAGAGUUUUGAAAGAAAAGGCUAUCUUAAGAUUCACAUGAUGAUCCACACUGGAGAGAAACCAUUCACAUGCACUCAAUGUGGGAAGAGUUUUAACCGAUCAUCAUCCCUUAAUAAACACAUAAAAAUCCACACUGGAGAGAAACCAUUCACAUGCACUCAGUGUGGGAAGAGUUUCAACCAAUCAUCAUACCUUAACAAUCACAUGAAAAUCCACACUGGAGAGAAACCAUUCACUUGUACUCAGUGUGGGAAGAGUUUCAACCAAUCAUCAUACCUUAAUCUACACAUGAGGAUUCACACUGGAGAGAAACCAUUCACAUGCACUCAAUGUGGGAGGAGUUUCAACCGAUCAUCAUCCCUUAAUAAACACAUGAAAAUCCACACUGAAGAGAAACCAUUCACAUGCACUCAGUGUUUUAAGAGUUUCAACCGAUCAUCACAUCUUAACAAUCACAUGAAAAUCCACACUGGAGAGAAACCAUUCACAUGUACCCAGUGUGGGAAGAGUUUCAGCCAAUCAACAUACCUUAAUAAACACAUGAGGAUCCACACUGGAGAGAAACCAUUCACAUGCACUCAGUGUGAGAAGAGUUUCAACCAAUCAUCGUCCCUUAAUAAACACAUGAAAAUCCACACUGGAGAGAAACCAUUCAGAUGCACCCAGUGUGGGAGGAGUUUCAACCAAUCAUCACACCUUAACAGUCACAUGAAUAUCCACACUGGAGAGAAACCAUUCACAUGCACCCAGUGUGGGAAGAGUUUCAACCAAUCAUCAUCCCUUAAUAAACACAUAAAAAUCCACACUGGAGAGAAACCAUUCACAUGCACUCUGUGUGGGAAGAGUUUCAGCCAAUCAUCAUCCCUUAAUCUACACAUCAUGAGCCACACUGGAGAGAAACCAUUCAUGUCUAAUCAUCUUCUUCGAUGUGGGAUGAGUUUCAGCAACUCAUCAGAACUUAAUAAACACAUGAAGACCCACACUGGAGAGAAACCAAUCACAUGCACUCAGUGUGGGGAGAGUUUCAACAGAUCAUGUGUUCAUGUAGCUAGUGUUUUUGAUGAUGUUCACUGUCUGGCUCCCUGA